GAUGCGAUGGGACAUCACUGACAUUUCAGACGACUCAGGAAGAGGUGAUGUAGGCCUACCUGAUCCUGUCAUCUAGAGCGCUAGAGUACAGAUACAUAACGCUAUUUCCGGGAUGUGAAAGGGGAAAUCCGUGGUUAAUCAUCACUACAUCGACUUCUGAAGACAUGGCAUCAUUAUGUUCGGCUACUACAGACAGGGACAGUCACUUUGCAACAGGUGGAGCUUCAAAAGACGCGUUCAUGAGCGCGAACUGAGCACAGAAUAUAUAAUAUCGAGUUAGGCUAUUUUUUAGAUUUCCUCGAAAGUCAUGGCGUCAAGAAAAGACAUCAUUAAUGAUGUGUCCUCCACGCCAGAUGAAAAUGAAUAUCCAUCCGGAUUUCCUCAAAGUAUUUGUGACCAAACUCCUCACGAGAAGUAUUUAUGUAGCAACUGCAACAGCGUCCUCAAUAAAGCGCGACAAACCGCCUGCGGCCACCGCUACUGCCUGGCCUGUGUCAACUGGCUCGUCAGGAACAACAAGACCCCCAUAUGCAAAAAGUGCAAGGAGGAGGAGCCAGCCACAGAUAAUGAAGCCAGCAUACUGACUCUGGACAAUUCGUUCAGCGACGGGGCCAUCACCAAGGAGAUCCUGGAGCUGGCAGUGCACUGUGCCAAUCACGGAUGCCCAUGGAGGGGGGUGCUCCGCGACUACGAGGAGCACCAGACGCAGUGUGAGUACGCGCUGAUCCCCUGUAACGUGGGCUGUGGUCACAUGGUGCAGCGGAAGGCUCUGGCUGCUCACCUGGAGACGGGCUGCCCCAAGAACACCAGCUCCUGCCCCGCCUGCUCCCAGAGCCUCACCCUCGCCCAGCUGCCGGUGCAUAAUUGCCAUCGUCAAGGCGAUAGGAAGCCUGCGACCACAGAGAAUAGACAAAAGAAUGGUAAAACCGCAGGGCCCAAGGAGAAAGACUGCUGCAUUUUUUCUGAUGUGGGCUGUACGUUCGAGGGCAGCGUAGAGAAGGUGCGGGAGCAUGAGGGCAGCAGUCACGUGUCCCACCUGCAGCUCCUGCUGAGGGCCGUGCGGGGUUUACCUCCAUCACCCUCCACCUCCAGCCACCCCCACCCGCCCCCCCCAGCCCUCCCCUCACACCUCAGCCCUGGGGGGGCGGCGCUGGAGCCCCUGCUGGAGGUGGAUGGCGGGGGGGGUGGCGGUGAGAGGUGUCAGGAGAUGUCUCUGGCCCACAGCCUGCGGGAGGACCAAGAGGCCGCCGCCGCCGCCGCCGCCGCUAUGGUGAGCCAGCAGCUGGACUCCGUGCAGGAGCGCGUGUGUGUCUUCGAGAACGUCGUCUCCGCGCUCAGCCGCGAGGUGGAGAAGACCCAGCUGUGCAUGGCCGCGCUGGAGCGAGAUCGCCACAGCAACCAAGACGUCAUCAGCUUCCUGGAGGCCAAGAUUGCGGAGCAGCAGCAGCGUCUGGUGAUGAAAGAGGGACUCAUCAGCGCCCUCCAGCUGCGGGUGAGUGCACUGCAGGAGGUGUCCUACGACGGCACCUUCCUCUGGAGAGUCCCCGACAUCAACCACAAGCUACAGGAGGCAGCGCAGGGCCAGAGGAGCAGCCUCUACUCUCCAGCCUUCUACACGUCCAGGUAUGGCUUCAAGGUGUGUCUGCGUCUCUAUCUGAACGGAGACGGUGUGGGGCGGGACACACACAUCUCGCUGUUCUUCGUCAUCAUGAGGGGCGAGUAUGACGCCCUGCUCACCUGGCCCUUCCGACACAAGGUCACAUUCUUCCUGAUCGACCAGAACCAGAGGGAACACGUUCUGGAUGCGUUCCGGCCGGACCUGUCCUCGGCGUCCUUCAAGCGGCCCACGUCGGACAUGAACGUUGCCAGCGGCUGCCCGUGCUUCUGCCCGCUGAGCAAGCUGGCGUCGCCCAAAUACGCCUACUGCAAGGGCAACACACUCUUCAUCAAGUGCGUUGUGGACACCUCCUCCUAAGGAUGGGAUUGGAAUCUCCUCCUGACCCGAAUCAGGACCGGACCCAGACCACAACUGACUUGUGAACAGACCCGCCCCAGGCUUCAGAACCCAGAGCUCAGAACUGCCCUAAACAGCGUACUUCCCUAAAGCCUGGUUGUGCUAAUGGACCUCUGACAGAUGGACACAGCAGAUCAAGAAGACUCAUUUUGUAAUGCUAUAGUUUAUAUAGGUCACAUAAAUAAAAAAAAAAAGACUACAAUUUUGUAAUACUAUAGUUUGUAUAGGUUACACUUACAUAGAUCAAAAAGACUAAUUUUGUAAUAGCCUACUAUAGUUCAUAGGUAGGUCAAAGCAUAUAGGUUUUGGGAAACCUGUUCAAAACAGGCCAAAUCUGUUCAAAAGUCAUACCAGGGGGCUACUAAAUAAUGACAUUACAUUUCUCUGAAAUCCCCCUACAACCCUUUAAUUUGAGAUGUGACUCACUUCAUUUCAUUUGAACAUGAUGCUAUCCAGAAGUGUUCUGAAUAUUCCUGCAGAAAUCACCUGAAAGCCGUCAAGGUUGUUGUUUCAUAGCCUACUGUAGGCGACAUACUCAAUGGUUUCACUGUGAGUUGGAGUGUUACAGGCCAUCUUGAGAGCGAUCUUGGAGCUGGGGAUUUCUGAUUUGAUGAACCUUUACUUUCUUUCCCACAUAUUAGCCGAGCACAGAUUUACAGGAUUUUGUAAUGUUACGUUUGUAUCAGGACAAUUUUGUAUGAUGUAAAGUUUUGUACUGACUAUUUCAUUUUCUGUGUUAUUUAUUCAAUUGCUCAAAGCCUCAGCAUGAUAAUAAAAUUGUAUGAAUGUG